CUGCAACAUCAUCUCCAUCUCCAUCUUCUCCUCCUUCAGCAGCUGCAACAGCUGCCCUCGCGCCGCCGGCGGGGCUCCCUCCGUUGUGUCGGUACUUGUGGGGCACACGCUGCUGUUCCCAGCCCGGAUCUACCCCUCCCUUUCCAUGCGCCUGCCGACCAUGUCCACUAACUUCCUGCUCGCGCCCAUCCUGGAGUGCCCCUCGGACUUCUUCCAGAGCCGGGACAUCAAGCUGGCGGUGCUGGGGGCCGGCAGCGUGGGCAAAAGCGCUAUGAUUGUUCGAUUCCUAACAAAGAGGUUUAUUGGAGACUAUGAACCCAAUACAGGAAACUUGUAUUCAAGACUUGUUCAUGUAGAGGGAGACCAAGUUUCCAUACAGAUCCAAGACACGCCAGGAUGUAUUCAGGUGCAAGAAGGCUUUGUACAGAUGUUGGACUCUCUUUCCAGAUGUGUGAAGUGGGCAGAGGGCUUUCUCUUGGUCUAUUCUAUCACAGACUACAGUAGCUAUCAGUCUAUUCGUCCUCUCUAUCAGCACAUACGCAAAGUCCAUCCAGACUCUAAAAUACCCAUCCUUAUUGUGGGAAACAAAGGGGAUCUCCUCCAUGCAAGGCAGGUACAGACCAAUGAGGGGAUACAGCUGGCUAAUGAACUGGGCACUGUGUUUUUAGAAAUCUCCACUAGUGAAAACUACCAUGGGGUGUGCGAUGUUUUUCAGUAUCUUUGCAAGGAGGUUAGCAAACUACACCACAGCAGCUGUGGAGACAAAAGGAGAUCGUCCAUCAUCCCUCGACCCAAGUCUCCCAACAUGCAAGAUCUAAAGAGACGUUUCAAACAGGCAUUAUCUUCCAAAGUCAAAUAAACCCCAACACUGAGUCAUGUGCUACUAAAUGGACUUAUUUUUAUAAACUGUGAAUUUUAAAAAAUAUAUUUAUUUUUGUACUCAUGCCACUAAUGGGUGGGUGGAAGUAUGCAAUUUUUUGUUUUCUUUUGUAAGAACUACUGUGCUGAAACAAACUGGAUUUUGCUAGUGGUUAGAGAAAGGGAUUGAGCCAGGAGCCGUGGGUUCUAGUCCUGGUUUGGAUGGUGACUUUCUGUUUAACCUAGGCUACAUUGCUGUGUCUGUGCCUCCGUUUCCCUGUCUGUAAAAUGGGGAUGAUAACAUCACACCUUUUGUCAAAUGCUGUGAGUUCCUUGGCUGACUAGCUUUACAUGUGUAGAAAGUAUUAUUAAAGGUGAAAUGAUAAAACUC